GGAUGACAUCAUUUCCUCAAUGGGAAGCACAGGGAGGUUACACCUCAGCUCAGGUAAAGGUGUGGUACUGCGUGGGAAUACGUGAAGGAUUGCUGCUGUCGCCUAUUGUGUUGAGUGGUAGCUAAACUUCAGACACGGAUAUCCCCGGUCCACAUCACCAUUGAAAUGGCAACUUUAUGGACAGGGGAGAGAGGGAGCAUCAAGCCCAAGGCAGAUUUCAACGCAAAGGAUGACGCUGUUGCUCUCAGAAUGGCCAUAAAGGGACUAGGUACAAACGAGAAGACCUUAAUAGAUAUUCUAACUCAGAGGAGUAAUGUUCAACGUCAGCUCAUCUGUAAAGCUUACCAAGAAGAUGCCACUGGCAAGACUCUGGUGGAGGACUUAGAAGGGGACACCCAUAGUCACUUUGAGGACCUGCUGGUCGCGCUGGUCACACCCCCUGCCAUCUAUGACAGCCAGGAAUUCCACAAGGCCAUGAAGGGAAUUGGGACUAAUGACAGUGCCUUGAUAGAAAUCUUUGCCACAAGAUCCAACAAACAAAUGAAAGAGAUUUCUGAUGCCUAUUUAAAAGAAACUGAGAAGAAGUUGACCUUGGACCUGAAGAACGAGAUUUCUGGAGAAUUUGCUAAAGCUAUUCUCAUUCUGGCCGAGGGCAAGCGGGAUGAAAACACACAUGUGGAUGCAGCCAAGGCCAAAGAGGAUGCUAAGACUCUUUACACCGCGGGAGAGAAGAAGUGGGGGACAGAUGAGUCCAAGUUCAUCGACAUCCUGUGUCAGAGAAGCAUACCUCAACUCAGACAAACUCUGGUGGAAUACAAGACCAUCAGCGGGAAGAGUCUGCAGGAGAGCAUCGAGGGAGAGAUGUCUGGGGAACUAGAGGAGCUCCUAGUGGCCAUCGUGAAAUGUGUGAAGAAUGUCCCAGCAUACCUUGCUGAACGCCUGCAUCAAGGCAUGAAGGGCGGAGGAACGGAUGAGUGCAUCCUAAACCGUAUCAUGGUCAGCCGGUCAGAGAUAGACAUGCUGGACAUCAGAGCAGAGUUCAAGAAGCUUUAUAGCUAUUCUCUGCACUCUGCCAUCGAGUCGGAUACAUCUGACUUCUAUGGCGACUGUCUCAAGAAGAUCUGUGGAGGGGACGAUUAACAAUGUAACACUUUGGAGGGGACGACUACGACAGUAACACAACACUGCAGCCAGAAGAUACCUGUGUAUCACACGGGUGCUACUACUACUACUAAUAAUAAUACUACUACUAAUACUACUACGACUACUAAUACUACUACUACUACUACUACCCACUAAUAUUACUACUCCUACUACUAAUACUACUACUACUACAACAACUACUACAACUACAACUACUACUACUACUACUAAUACUACCCACUAAUAUUCCUACUACUACAACUACUACUACAACUACAACUACGACACACUAAUAUUACUACUACUACUACAGCUACUACCACUACCACUACCGCUACCACUACUACCACUUUUACUGAGCUACCUUCCUCUCAGUCUACCAUUUCAACAUACAGUACUGGGUCAUGUUCAUUAGCCACCUGAUCUGAAAAAACAUAUAUAUACUGAAAAAGGGAGGGACUAGCUGGACCAAUAAGAAACACUCAUUGUCAUUUUCAGUUGCAGUGCCCUAAUGAACAUGACCCUACUCUCUUCCUACCAAAUCUACUCAUCUUACAGACUUUUAAAUGAAUAUUUUAGAAUAGCUGUUAGUAGUAGGGAAUCAUUGUAAAUCAGUGCUGUGUUUGAUUUUGCGUGACGACUGUUCUGUUCUGUUUAUAUCUAUCUCUCUAGACUAAUAGCCACAAGUCUGAUAGCCACAAGUCUGAUAGCCACAAGUCUGAUAGCCAUGAUGAAGUCUGAUAGCCACAAGUCUGAUAGCCACAAGUCUGAUAGCCACAAGUCUGAUAGCCACAAGUCUGAUAGCCAUGAUGAAGUCUGAUAGCCACAAGUCUGAUAGCCAUGGGGAAGUCUGAUAGCCAUGAUGAAGUCUGAUAGCCAUGAUGAAGUCUGAUAGCCAUGGGGAGGUCUGAUAGCCACAAGUCUGAUAGCCAUGGGGAAGUCUGAUAGCCAUGGAGAGGUCUGAUAGCCAUGGGGAAGUCUGAUAGCCAUGGGGAAGUCUGAUAGCCAUGGGGAAGUCUGAUAGCCAUGGGGAAGUCUGAUAGCCAUGGGGAGGUCUGAUAGCCAUGGGGAGGUCUGAUAGCCAUGGGGAGGUCUGAUAGCCAUGGGGAGGUCUGAUAGCCAUGGGGAGGUCUGAUAGCCAUGGGGAGGUCUGAUAGCCAUGGGGAAGUCUGAUAGCCAUGGGGAAGUCUGAUAGCCAUGGGGAGGUCUGAUAGCCAUGGGGAGGUCUGAUAGCCAUGGGGAAGUCUGAUAGCCAUGGGGAGGUCUGAUAGCCAUGGGGAGGUCUGAUAGCCAUGGGGAGGUCUGAUAGCCAUGGGAAGUCUGAUAGCCAUGGGGAAGUCUGAUAGCCAUGGGGAGGUCUGAUAGCCAUGGGGAAGUCUGAUAGCCAUGGGGAAGUCUGAUAGCCAUGGGGAAGUCUGAUAGCCAUGGGGAAGUCUGAUAGCCAUGGGGAGGUCUGAUAGCCAUGGGGAGGUCUGAUAGCCAUGGGGAAGUCUGAUAGCCAUGGGGAAGUCUGAUAGCCAUGGGGUGGCAGGUAACCUAGUGGUUAGAGCAUUGGGCUAGUAACCGAAAGGUUGCAAGAUCGAAUCCCUGAGCUUAUAAGGUAAAAAACUGUUGUUCUGCCCCUGAAAAAGGCAGUUAACCCACUGUUCCUAGGCUGUCAUUGAAAAUAAGAAUUUGUUCUUAACUGAUUUGCCUAGUUUAAUUUUUUUUUUAUGUGGAAGUCUGAUAGCCAUGGGGAAGUCUGAUAGCCAUGGAGAAUAUGAAAAGUGUCUGGAAAACCUCUGUGGAGGAGAUUAUGAAUGAUACAAGUCGAACACCACUUGUCUCUCUGUGUUUCCCUGUAUUUGAUACAGCAAACGAUGUACUGCAUGUGUGCUGUACUUGCAUUUUAUGACAUGAUUCUAACUUAUAUCAAUAAAAAGAUCUCAUUAAGAAGGAGAUACUGUACUAAAUACCAGAAUAUUUCCAACACGUUCUGGAAUGUUCUUUAAAGGCACAGAGAUCUUCGAUGGGUGACAUGUGCUGUAUGUAAUUUACACUCACCACUAGAGGUCCCCAUUGAUUCACACAGAAGCAGGAGAUGCCAUGUGAGUGAAGCAUAGGGUCUCUGAUAUUAAGGCACGGUAGAGUUUAUAGAUGAAGCAUAUAGCCAAAAGCUGCCAUAUGUCAAAACCAUUUAUCCAAGUAAAUGCAGUCAUUUAUUUUUCAAACUUGGCAAUUAAUGAUUCUCUCAACUUCAUUGACUGUAAACUAUAGAAUGAAUGUUUGAUGGGAAUGUUGUCUUUCUCACCCUUCUUUCAAGUCGAUGUCCAUUGGUACAGCACUGUGUGACUCUUGGCUAUGUUUGUCAUUUUUCAUUGUCAUUUUGCUCAAUUUUCCCACACGCUAUAUGACUUUGAAUGUUUUUGAUGGCUGAACUAUCUGUGACGUUCAGGGAAACUGAAUGUGUUAUUAGUAUGCCCUCAGUUGACAGCCGUUCACAUUUCAACAUCAUCAACUAACUGGGUUUAAAUAGCGUUGGUUUUCUUUCAAAUACUUCAGUUGCAUUUGAUGGAGCUUACCUAUCUCAAUAGAAGUAAUGGAAUCGUCCCAGAAGUGCAAACCCCACCCAUCUGGAUCCAGACAGGCCCAGUCAAACAAAAGUACUUGAGUGGAAACAAAAAUGAUUUGUUUUCAUGCAUCGGGAAAGAAAAACAACAAGAAUAGAAUUAGACUAACAAAAGGGUUAAUUUCAGACAUAGGUUGUGUACAGAGAGUAUAACUUCUCCUCAGUUCAGGAGGGAGUACGGUUAGCUCCUUCAAGAUCAACUCUGAAAACAAAGCCUGUCACGCAAACUUAACCUUUUUCUGUUUUGAGCUAACCUCAUAUUUUCUAACCUCGACAUGAAUAAAUGUUUUAUUAUUCACAACAA